GUGAGCGUUGAUCAAAUGUCCAACACGACAAAAUUUAAAAACGUAAAACGACAGCGUAUUAAGUUCGAGUUGAGACCCGUUCGACUUAUGUCUCUAGCAAGACAAAAACGACGACAGAUGGUGGAAGCAAAAACCUUGCAAGUAGAGAUAAUUAUUUAUCCGGAUUCGCUGUGGAUCUUUCAACUCAACUUCUUUUCUCUUCUUGUAGAGAAAUUUCUCAUCUUUUUUUUUUUUGCGUUGGUUUCAAUCAAAAACAUGAGCAUCACCCAAUUUGCUAUGGUUGAGGAAUUAGCGUACCUUGUUAAGGAUAACCUGCGCUGUAAACAUCUGGUUUUAUCCAUGGAAGAUGCUUUUAUCAACUUCCUUCAACCCCAAAACCACACUGGCACAGAUUACAAUCUUGAUGAUGAUGUUGAUGGGGUUAUGGAGUUGGAGCCAAUGGACCCUUAUAGUCGGCUUCUCAUUCAUAGACUUGCUGAUAUUUUCGGAUUUGCUCAUGGUUCUGUUGGCGAAGGAGAUGACCGCCAUUUGAUUUUGCAGAGAUGCCCAGAGACUUCAGUACCUUCCAUACUUGUUAGUGAUAUCUUGUAUCAGUAUGAUGAAUCUGAGCCUUCUACAGUGUCACACCAAUCAUUAAGAAGAAUUGAAACUUCGCCAGUUUUGAAGCCAAAAUCACUUUCUUUCCUCACACUUGAGGAGAGGGAAGCAGCUUAUUCGGCAGCUCGUGAACGAAUUUUUUCGGAGGAGGUGGGAGAAAAAAAAGAGCCUCGGGACCAGAAGCCACGAGAUGUUCCUGUGGUUGCCCGUAGAAUGAUUGCUCAUGCUUUAGGCCAAAAAUUAAGGUGCAAUAAAGAAUACGAAGUGCAAUCAACCCAUAUGAAUGUGCAAGACAAGGAAAAAAUUAAUUCCAAUACUAGCGUGGACGAUUAUGAGGAUUCCUCAUUUCAUCUUCAGAAAACUGUUCACUCUCCUAGCAACUCAAGGAGCAAUCACAAUCAAUAUAUCACACCAUCGCAUGGUAAGAGCAAUACAUUCCAUGAACCUGGGAAGAUUUCUACUGAUAUCAGCACAUCUCAAAAUGGAUCAAGUAGAAUUCGGAGUGACAAGGAAUACUCAAAAGCGGAACAUGUGGGAGCUGCAAAAAGAAUGUUUGCUCAUGCUUUGGGACUACAAACUGCAAGGGGUGGUCUUGCAAAAUGCAGUGCAACAAAGUCAGUUGACACUGAUUGAGGUUGUAUGGUCGUUCCGUUUUUUCUUCCAUUCUGUUGAGCUCAUGAUGGGACUGCUUCCAUUUUCUGCGUCAAUCUCCUAUUUAUCGAGGCCGCGCCAACUACCUGUUUGUCGAGGGCAUGAACACUCAACAAAAUAUUUGCAAAUAACUACAGCAUUAAAGUAUCAAAGUGUAGCAGGCCGCCGGUCGCAUUUGCAUUUGGUUCUCUGAAGGUAAUCUAUUUGUCUGUCCAGUUGGAAGCUAUCUGAAAGAGUUCUUACAAUUGAUUAAGGUGAUUAAGGCGAUGCAGCGCAAAUACAAUGUGAGACAUGAACAGCCAUGCCAGCUAAAAGAAAAUCUGGCUUACAUAGUAUUCAGGCAGCUUCAUGCUCUGCUGUGGAAUAUUCGGAUUGGACUAAUUACUAAGUUGCAUCUUCAUCCUCGUCAUCAAAGACAUUUCUUAAGUUUAUGUAAGGUUCACACCAUUUAAAGAAGGUUUCGGCUGACAAUAUUAAUCAUGAUUUUAAUACUGUGUUAUGAAAUUAUUCUGGGUUUUUAGAAAUUUAGAAACUAAGCAUUCUAUCAUGUUAUUGUGUUAUGAAAUUAUUAUGGGUUUUUGGAA